UAAAUGCAUCAAACACGAAACCUCCUAUUUAUAUGGUCUGUGGCUGGUGUCUCCUGCUGUCUCUCUCUCUGUCUGGCUGUCACACUCUGAGAAGAGAUUUCCUUUUUAGGGGUUUCCAAAUUUAUGCAAGUUGCUCUUCUUCACAGGUUCAACCAUGAACGGGUCUUGCGUUGAAGAUGGCCAGAACUGUUCCAUCAGCGAAUUCAAGCACAGUGUCUUCCCAGCUGUAUACCUGCUCAUCUUUGUAAUUGGGCUCAGUGCUAACCUAAUAUCACUGUGCCUCUUCCUGAAAAUGUGGAGAACACAGAGAACUCUCUCAUCGGUCAACCUGUUCAUAGUGAACCUCCUUGUGUCUGACCUCAUGCUGAUCUGUACGCUACCUUUUCGAGCCUCAUACUACAUCAACAACUCGAACUGGGUCUUCGGGGACGUCAUCUGUCGCCUCAUGUCCUACGUCUUCUACGUCAACAUGUAUGGAAGUAUCUACUUCCUCAUGGUUCUCAGUGUGAUUCGCUAUGUUGCCAUCAACAAACCGUUCACCUAUAUGCGCCAACAGAAUUACCGCUACACCUGGCUAGCAUGCCUCUCCAUAUGGUUAUUGGUGUCCUUGGCAAGCAUUCCAAAGCUCUUCAGUGGCACAAAACAGAGUGAGGACAAGGUGAUGUGCCUGGAGCUUCUGAACCCAAAGGCAGACCUACUGAACACCAUUAUCAUCAUGAACUAUGGGGCAUUACUGUUUGGGUUCCUCAUUCCAUUUUUGGUUCUCCUUGUGUGCUACCUUUUUGUGGUGCAUCGCCUCUUGAGACACAACAAUGUAACGACACAUAGGCAGCAAUACAAAAAAGCAGGUUCCCUUGCCAUCAUUGUGCUUUUCAUCUUCCUGGUCUGCUUUCUCCCCUAUCAUGUGGCACGGACCAUAUUUUUGCAGGCGGAAUGGGAUCUGUGUACAAGCGGAACCAGGGGCUCGUGUGGAUACAUAACAGGAGUACGUAAAGCUGCGGUCAUCACACACUGUCUGGCUGCGGCAAAUAGUUGUCUGGAUCCCCUCCUUUACUUUAUUGUUGGAGAGAAUUUCAGGAAGUUCUGGCGAAAAAGUAAAAGACAAAUACACCAUAACAAUGAACAAAGGAAAAUGGGUGAUGUCACAAAAACAGAGGUGCAACUGCGAAGCUACCCAAGAUGAGAUUUGUUAAAAUGGCCCCAACAAAGAUUUCAAGAAAUAUAAAGUGCCUUUCUGGCAUUUACGUAAUCUAUCAAUGGUUGAAUUGCUUUCAAGUUGAGGGGCAGGUUUAGUGUAAGUUAAAAUCUUGACAGUGGCUGCUGCAGAAGGCCACCCAAACUAUUUCCCUGGCGGUUCAUGGACAGAAGGAAUUUUAAGGUUACAUCUGUCUGUGACAUGCAGAUGAUUUGUGUGUUUAAAUAAAAGUGUCAAGAAUUAUUUCACCUGAGAAAGAAAAUGUUCUUUCCAAGAAAGCCCUGACUGCACACUUCAGAGGGACAUGCUGAAACACCAAGAAGACGACUUAAAACAGCCCUAUAUACAUCAGUAUGCAUAUGUUGAACAUGACAUCCAGGAAUGCAUUAUGGGGCAGGAUGUUUGGACAGCCAGUUAUUUUUGUCCACAUACUGCUGAUACACUGUUGACAGUAAGGAUGGAAGCAAAGACUUAGGCUUAGGGAUAUAAUUUGGAUUAAGGACAUGUUAUGGUAAGGGUUAGUUGAUAGGUACUGAGGGGUAUGGCAAGCUGACAGGUAUUUGAUGGUUUACUUGUGAUGUAGGCUUUUUGUACAAUGUAUGCUAUGCAAUUAAAUAUCAAAUAAAAAAUGUUACAAGUAGUUUUGGAACAAAGCAAACAUUAGUAUGUAUUACACUGCCUUAAUUGGUCAGAGGAUAGAUUGUUUUGGAGUGUGAGAUAGAUUCAUGGGUCACUGUGUUUGUUGCAGCUUUACAGGCAACUGAAAAAUUAUUCUGCAGUCAACUUCAAUUUAUCUUCCAUGGGUGGACGUAAAGGGGAAAAAACCACAUGCCGUGGAUUUGGAUUUUGUUUCUAUUGGUAAAUGUACGCACAAAUGACCAAUGGACAAUCUCUGUAUUCAAAUAUAUGAAUCAUAGUUGAUCAAACAUUUACAUGCACUUUGCUGAAACUGUCAAACAACACACUGGGGGUUGUGGCACUCUGCUUUAGUGAGUGUGAGACCAUGACACAAUGCUCAUAUUUAUUAUUUCGACAACAUAAUCAAAGGACUUUCAUAGCUCACAAUUCAUGAUAAUCAGAAUUGUGUGUUAAUUUGUGUAUAGCUAUGUGUCUAUAAACAUGGCAGUUGAUGUCACUUUAUUCUAUUUACCUCUUUCAAUAUAAAGAACAGCACGAAAGUUGAAAAGAAAGAUGUCUACAUCGACCCUGUGUAACAUAAUUUUAUGUUUGUUUUUUCUUAACGUGUUUAUGUAUGUUUUGUUAUGGGUUGUACUCUAUUCAUAAUAUGUCUUCUAAAUUAUGGCUUUCUUUUUAAAAGUUUUUGAAAAUGUUCUCAAAAUGUCUAUUGAAUAUCUGUUUCAUUGCAAGUAAAAAUGGUGAUGCAGUAUGUAAAAACAAGCAAAGGGAGAACAAAGCAAAGGGGGAACAAAAAGCUGUCCAAAUAAAGCAUCAUACAUGACUACAA